AUGAGGGCGACUCUACGACUUUUGGCUAAUGUCAAGCCAGCAAGAUAUCUGGAACCCUUCACGCCGACCGGUCUUACUGGCCUUUCAACCCACCCUAGUCCUCGACCAACGCUCAUCUACCUCUAUACCACAACUCUCCAGAAACUGAAGGCGAUCCCGGAAUCAUCUGUAUAUCGCAAAUCGACAGAGGCCCUUACAAAGCACCGAUUGGAUGUUGUACAGUCUACGAAACCACCGGGGUUCGACGCCUGGCUGCAACGAGUAAGAGCUCUUGUUGCUGAGAACCCAGACAAAUACAAGGCUGCUCUACGGGAUGAUGGUACAUACGCUGCAUUCCAGCUUGAAGAGGAGAAUAUUGCCAAGGAAGACGAGCUUUGGGGCGGAGAUACCUCUAAAGUGCAGCAGGAGGGAGCAUACCUUAGUGAAGAAGAGAUGGAGGAGCGUAUAAAGGAAUCAGAAGCAGAAGCUGCCCGCCGGGAGACUCCCACUAUCCAUUGGGAGGCAGAGCCAGCUCUGGAGGCUGCACAUGCUAACGAAAUUCACAUUAGGAUUUCCGAGAUUGAAAACAAGAUUGGUGGUGGAUUGAUAGAGGAAGUGAUCCAGGUUGCCGAGGGAGAACUUAGACUUGUUGAUGAGAUGGUCAAGAGCAAAGUCUGGGAGGAACUCGUGGAAAAGCCCAAGCCUGGCCAGUGGACUUACUUUGAACGAACUGAAUCCAGCUCAUGA